UCCCGGCCGCAGAACAGCUGCUGGCAGGGAGCCGGAUUGUGCGGGCUCCAUUGCUUUGGAGUUAACGGGAGAGCCGGAAUGUUGUCGUUUAAAUGUCUGAAGAAGGAAGGGAGCUCAGGAAAGUGGAAGUUGCCCUGAGAGACUUCUCAGUGUGAUUCAGGGGUCAGGUGUGUCCCCCUGAAAUCACUUCUAGGUCACUCCUCUUCCUAGGAAAAGGCACAGGGGAACAAAGGAGUAUUUCUGAUUAAUUAUGUUUGACUGCUGAGGAGAGAGAUCCAGAAUAUGAAGCAGGAGAACACAGAAAUGAUUCAGAAAUUAUUUUAGAUGAUUUCAAUCAAAUGUCAGUUGAAGCCAGAUGAGUUGAGAAGCCCAAAGCAAGGAAGUGCCAAGGCCAAUGGACACCAGUAACUUUUUCUGCCAGCACAGAAUGAUUGAGGAGAGUGGGAAGAGGAGGAGGACCAUGGCAGAGAAGAGGCAGCUGUUCAUGGAAAUGAGAGCCCAGAACUUCGACGUGAUCCGGCUCUCCACGUACAGAACCGCCUGCAAGCUGCGCUUCGUGCAGAAGAGGUGCAACCUUCACCUGGUUGAUAUCUGGAAUAUGAUCGAAGCCUUCCGAGACAACGGCCUUAACACCUUGGAUCACGGGGCUGAGAUCAACGUGUCCCGCCUGGAAACCAUCAUCUCCUCCAUCUACUACCAGCUCAACAAGCGCCUGCCCUCCACACACCAGAUCAGCGUGGAGCAGUCCAUCAGCCUCCUCCUCAACUUCAUGGUAGCAGCCUACGACAGCGAGGGCCGCGGGAAGCUGACGGUGUUCUCGGUGAAAGCCAUGCUGGCCACCAUGUGUGGGGGGAAGAUCCUGGACAAGCUCAGAUCUGCUCCCUUCCCCUUCCAGGACAGGAACCCCGGGGCAGCCACUGGAAUGAGCAGUGACAGAUGGAGAAGCAGAGAGCAAUUCUGCUUUAACUUUCCCAGAGGAUGUGAUAUUUUCUCUCAGAUCUCAGAUUCCAACGGGCUGAUGAUUUUCACCAAGUUUGACCAGUUCCUGAGGGAAGUGCUGAAGCUGCCCACGGCCGUGUUCGAGGGCCCCUCCUUCGGCUACACGGAGCACUCGGUGCGCACCUGCUUCCCCCAGCAGAAGAAGGUGAUGCUGAACAUGUUCCUGGACACGCUGAUGGCUGACCCUCCUCCCCAGUGCCUUGUGUGGCUGCCCCUCAUGCACAGACUCGCCCACGUUGAGAAUGUCUUCCACCCCGUGGAGUGCUCGUACUGCCACUGUGAGAGCAUGAUGGGCUUCCGGUACCGGUGCCAGCAGUGCCACAACUACCAGCUGUGCCAGAGCUGCUUCUGGAGGGGCCACGCCAGCGGCACCCACAGCAACCAGCACCAGAUGAAGGAGCACUCCUCGUGGAGAGCCAAAGCAGUGAGCAGGACCCUUGUGCAGUGACACCUGUAAAGCAUUGCUGUGACAAACACUGCAUUCCUCUCCUCCUGCCAGCUGUAAAUGCCUGGAAAACUCAGAGUUCAGGAGCUUACAGAAAUAUCUGAGCAGGGGGAUCAUCACAGCUCCAGCAGUAAUAGACAAUUUUAUGGGGAAAAACCUAUUUUAUGGCAAAAGAUUAAGCCCAACCUUUCACUUACUCAGAGAGAAGUUCAGCUGAUGAUAGGAUUAUAAUUAAUAGUUAUCUUCAUAAGGAAGAGCCAUUAAAGCAUUAAGGUUUAAUUUAGAGAAUUGGGCUGAAUACCAGGCAGGAGUUGGGAGGCAAAGGAAAAUGCAAUUGUCCUUUUUAUAACUCUGUGGGUAAUAAACUUCUGGAAUGUUUAA